GCGUUACGGGUGUAUCACUCUCGAUUGAGCUGCCCGUAUCGUGUGCCGCUUUAAUGAUCUGACAACGCGUGCGAUUUGAUUCUGAUUCGAUGGUUCGGUGAUUGUGACGUCGUUAAAUGACAUAAGAAUCUGUUCAAAACAUUGUACACAUUACGAAAACGUUAAAUUUUUUUUUUUCGAUGUCCUACAGAAAAUGAGCAAUUAACUCAACUGUGGCCAAUCGAUGUUAAAAGCGAAUUAGUGAAAAAUUUGUUGAAAAAACACUCGUAGAUUUGACAUCUUCUUCUUUUAUAUAUUAUUAUAAUAAAAGUGAAAAAUAGUCACGUUCACAAUAUCUAGGAUCACAGCAGUCGCAUAGAAAAAAGGUCUAGGUGUGGUCACCGCAGCCUAACGAUUGAUUAUAUUAAUUAGAUCGCCGUGGUCGUUCAUCUUCUCGGUCAAGACAACGUCCAUCUAGACAUGCUUUCAAUCGUGGCCGUUACCGUCAAAAAAGUCUUGAUCGUUUUUACAGAGAAAGAGAACGAAAUCAACGAGAUCUUAGAGAUAGAGAAAGGGCAAUUCGUAAAAGGGACCGAAAACGCGAUAGACGUAGGCAAAGAGAAAGAGAACAAAAAUCAACAUCUCCUGCUACUAAAAAGAAAGAAGAUUCUACUUCAUCUAAAGAUGACGAUUCUAAGAAAAAAAAAACGUAAAAGAAGAUUUCUAGUUCAGAUGAAAGAGAUAGGGAUGACAAAAAAAAGACAAAAUACAAGAAACAUAAGGAACAUAAGAAACGCAAUACUGAAGAAAGUUAAUAGGGCUCUGAUGUCAAGUCUGGAGAUGAAUUAGAAUAACGUUUAAGAGAAAAGGCAUUUCGUACGAUGAAAAAGGCUGGACAAUUCAUUACAAAUGUAUUUGUUUUUUUUUUUUUUUAUGUU